UUCCCUCCUUCCUUCCUUGCUUCCUUCCUUCCUCACUUCCUCCUUUCCUCCUUCCUUGCUUCCUCGUUUCUUUCGUUCUUUCCUCGUGUCCUUCUUUUCUCGCUUCAUUUCUUCCUUGCUUUCUUCCCUCCUUGCUUCCUUGCAUUCUCGCCUUAUUCCUUCCUUCCUUACUUACAUCCUUGCUUUUUUUCUUCCUUUCUUUGCCUCUUUGCUUGCUUCCUUCCUUCCUUGCUUCCUCGUUUCCUUCCUUCUUUGCUUCCUGGCUUCCUUUCUUCCUCGCUUCCUUACUUGCUAGCUUCCCUGCUUAUUUCUUUACUCGCAUCGUUCCUUCCUUGCUCCCUCGAUUUCCUUGCUUCCUUCCCUCCUUCAUUGCUUCUUUCCUUCCUUCCCUCCUUCCUUCCUUUUUUCCUUCCUUGCUUACUUAUAUUACUCCCACCUUCACUUCCUCGAUUUACUUCCUCCAUUCCUUCUUUACUUGCUUGCUUACUCAAUUACUUACUUUGUUGCUUGUUUACUUCCUCACGUCCUUGCUUGCUUUCUUGAUUAUUUACAUUCUUUCAUAUGGCAGUGGAAAGACAAAUUUUGAUGAAAACCUGCAAACGAGCAAACGAACGAGGAAAGAACGCACGGAUGGACAGAAGAACAGCCGAAAAAACAAUGAAUGAACAAACGGACGGAUAGGCGGCCAAAAGAACGCAUGAAGGAAAGAUAGAAGAAAACAAUUUACAAAAGAUCGAACCCACGCACGCAAGAACGUAGUUACAAACAAACGCACGAAUGAACGCACGCACGAACGAACACACAAACGAACGCAAAAAGAACGAACAGACGAACGCACGCAUGAAUGGACGGUUGAACGAAAGCACGCACGGACGAACGGAUGCCUAGACGGACGAACCCAUGAAGGGCAGUCAGACGAAAGCAGGCACAAACGGACGGUCAGACAAACGCAUGCGCACACAAACGGACGGACAAUCGCACGAACGGAUGCACGCACGAACGAACGAAUGGACGGUCGGACGAACGCUGUCACGAACGCAUGGUUGGGCGAUGCACGCACGAACGAACAAUCGGUCGGAUGAACGCACGAAUGAACGAACGGACCGUCGGACGAACGCACGGUCAGACGAACGCACGCACGAAUGAACGGUCGGUCGAAUGCACGCACGAAUGAACGGUCGGACAAAGAAACUAAUGCAAUAUAUGUGUCCUCAGAAGUAUAAUCCUUGGAAUAGUGAAUUAUGUAGAAUGUACAUUUAACUCCGAAAUGUACAAAGUAUAUUUACAUAUAAAAAUUUGAUCAUGCCGCUGACAGAUGGAUUAGACUCCCUGAAGUUGAAGUAGAAAUAUUUGUGAUGUUG